AUGGAAACCGAGCCUCGCUCCCUCAAAGCUGUCUUCGCCGACGCCGAAGCCCAGCGCAUCGCUCUGGAAACCCAGGCCUUCACUCCCAACUCCCAACAAUACACCGACGCCAUCUCCUCUGCCAUCAAGAACUACCAAGAGUCCCUUCACCUGAUAUCCCACCUCUCUCUCUUCUCCCCCAACGAAUCUCUCGAAGACCUCUCCACCUCCGACCUCCCCCUCCUCCUAAUCAACUACCACCUCGCCGAGCUCUCCCAAAAGCUCCCCAACCCCUCCCUUCCCGAGCGCAAAAGAAUCCUCACCUCCGCCCGCGAUUUCUACGAGCGCUUCCUCCACCUCCUAGACAGCUACUCCCUACUCACCCCCCAAUCAGCCAAACUCCUCGAAGCCUAUACCUCCUCCCCAUCCACCUUUUCAACCGCCAACUCCUCCGACCCAACAGUCCGCCGGAAUGCCAAAAUCGCAAACUUCCAAACAGAAAAAGCCCUCCGCCAAAAGUUAGAAUAUCUCCGCGCCCGUCCAGAGUAUGGCGCCACAGAAGAUGAAGACAUCCCCUCGGGAGCAGGCGACGAGGAAGUCGUCCGAGAAGUCCACCUAGCUAACCUAGCUUAUCGUGUUCACCUUACCUUCAACGCCCUCGACUCUCUAAAUCGGGAAAUGGAGAUCUUGUCCAUGGCACCCCCCCAACCACCUCCAUCGGCCCAGCAAAACCAGCAGCAAGCCGAGGAUGAUAGGCGUAGGCGGGGGAUAACCAGCGAUGGCAGUUACAACGACAGACUAGACAUAAUGAACCGUGCUCUUGGAGGGAAAGGAGGACCGAUUUUGUCACAGCAGGGGAAGCCACUGCAGCCGUUUACGCUGUUGGCAAACAGGCAGGAGAUUGCCAAGGGGGUGUUUAGACCGAGUCAUAAUCUGCCGACAAUGACGAUUGAUGAGUACCUGGAGGAAGAGAGAAGAAGAGGUGGGAUUAUUGAGGGGGGAGGGGAGGCAAGUGGGCAGGUGCCGGAGCCGGAUGAGGAUGAUUAUGAAAAGGCCGAGAAGGAGAUGUAUAAGGCUAGGGCGUGGGAUGAGUUUGUGGAGGAGAACCCCAGGGGGGCUGGUAAUACGAUCAACCGUGGUUAG